CAAAAUAAUUUAUUAAUACAUUCUAAUUCAUAUCUUAACAAGUUUCAAUAUGAUUCAACUAAUUUUGGUCCUCUAAACCUUUCUACUCAACAUAAUAACAUUCUUACGAAUAAAAGAAAUAUG